CUUUCUCUCUCAUUUGCACCAGUCUCCGCCGUCCAUUAUCCAGCUUCUGUUUUGUAGAACAACUUUUGUCUCUUCAUAUCUCAUCCAGCGCAUACUCCUCGAUCUCCUCUGCUUUUACUAUUUUUAUUUUCUGUUGUGAAGGUUUUUUCAAUUGUUCCUGGUAAUGUUUGCAUCGUAUUUUAUCUGGUCAACUCGUUCCUGUCUUCUGGAAAUUAGGGCUUCUAUCUGAGGUCCGGGUUAAUUGACUUAUUUGCGCUCAAUGGAUGUCGCUGGAGAAUUUGGUUUGGCCUUCUGAAUAAAUAUUUCAUCCUCAUUCCUGGGGACGCUAUAAAUUUGGCCCGCUUUGGUUUUCUCCUCUUUGGAUUUACGUCAUACACAAUUUUACGAUCAAUUGGAUCACCAGAUUGGGAAAUUUUAUUAGAUUCGGGUUGAUUAUCGAAGAAAGCGAAUAACUUGAUUUGUCGGGCCCUUUUAACUGUUGCUGCCUGGCGGCGUACUGAAGCCUGAAGGUCUUUGUUCAUAAUGGAUCAUGUGAUUGCUGGCAAGUUUAAACUAGGAAGGAAAAUUGGGAGUGGAUCUUUUGGAGAGCUGUAUUUAGGUGUUAACGUCCAAACUGGAGAGGAGGUGGCUGUUAAGCUGGAACCUGUGAAGAGCAGGCAUCCACAGCUUCAUUAUGAAUCAAAAUUAUACAUGCUUCUUCAAGGAGGAACGGGGAUUCCUCACCUCAAGUGGUUUGGAGUUGAGGGAGACUACAAUGUUAUGGUUAUUGACCUUCUUGGCCCAAGCUUAGAAGAUCUGUUCAACUAUUGCAACCGGAAGUUCAGCUUAAAGACAGUGUUAAUGCUUGCUGAUCAAUUAAUUAACAGAGUUGAAUAUAUGCAUUCAAGAGGAUUUCUUCACCGUGACAUAAAGCCUGAUAAUUUUUUAAUGGGUCUAGGGCGCAAAGCAAACCAGGUUUACAUCAUUGAUUAUGGUCUUGGAAAGAAGUUCAGGGAUCUUCAGACUCAUAAGCACAUACCAUACAGAGAAAACAAGAACCUUACUGGCACAGCUCGCUACGCAAGUGUCAACACUCAUCUUGGAAUUGAACAAAGCAGAAGAGAUGAUUUGGAAUCUCUUGGCUAUGUGCUCAUGUACUUCUUAAGAGGAAGUCUUCCCUGGCAAGGUCUGAAGGCCGGCAACAAAAAACAAAAGUAUGAUAAGAUCAGUGAGAAGAAAUCAUCAACCCCGAUAGAGGUUCUCUGCAAAUCAUACCCAUCUGAGUUUGUAUCCUACUUCCACUACUGCCGAUCAUUACGGUUUGAGGACAAGCCAGAUUAUUCAUAUUUAAAGAGGCUUUUCCGGGACUUGUUUAUUCGAGAAGGCUAUCAGUUUGACUAUGUUUUUGACUGGACUAUAUUGAAGUAUCCUCAGAUUGGUGGCAGCUCUAGAGGGCGGCUUGGCAAUGGCAAGGCACUUAUGAAUGCAGGGCCAUCUGUACAAAAACCGGAAAAGAUCCCAGCUGGGAAAGAGAUUCGAGAGAAGUUUUCUGGUGGUGCGGAAGCAUUUUCCCGAAGGAAUCCCACAAGUCCUAGUCCUCAUGUUGAUGGCACCAAAAAUAGGAUUCUCGAGGAGGUACCAUCACGCAGGGAUGUGUAUGAUCAAGAGAAGGGACGCAGUUCCUCUCGAUAUGGAAGCACUUCAAGAAAAGCCACGAUCUCAUCGAACCGGCAGACUUCAUCUGGUGACCAUACUGACGGCCGUGCCGGCUGGCUGACAUCCGGUGCCAACCGCCCAUCUAGCACAUAUAGAACUCAAGCAUUGCAUGAGACGAAACAACCAAGUUUUACACGCAAUUCAUCUUCAAGAGCCAAUCGUGACGAAGCUCUCAGGAGCUUUGAGCUCCUUUCUAUUAGAAAGUAAAUGGGGGUAUCUUUUUUUCAAGACCUCAUGGGACAUUUUUAAAAUUCUUGAGCAGCGUAAUGCUUGGUCAAGUUUUAUCCGAUAACAAUCUCACGUUGUGAAGUUUAUUUUAUCCUGUUCAUGAGUUGGUACUAAAUCGCCAUGCAACGGUGGUCAUACCAUUUCCUAGUAUUGUUUCUGGGCCAAAUUGGUCUUUGCCGCCUCCCUGGACCUUUUUCCAGGCAAUGUGCCAGUCUUGGUUGUUACUACGAAAUUCAUGUAUUCAAUCCAGUUCUAUCAAAUUCCAUCA